AUGGCUUCAGCCAAUGGUUCACCUAUCGCAGAAGGAACUACUGUCCAUGUCCAUGGGGAUUAUGCUGAUCAACAACCUGACCUGUCCUACACCAGUUAUGUUCAACAACCAGGCGUUCAUAAAUCAGAAGCCAUGCCUUAUCGUUCUUCGGUAUCACAUUCUGUUGGCAUGCAAUAUAAGCCUAUCAAUGGUUCUGUAUUUCCAAAAAAUUAUCCAAAAUCUUCUACCUUAGAGAAUCAAAACAGCUCACAGUAUGCACAUAGAACUGGCAGUUUAACUAGCAGGUUACCCAAGAUUUUGACUGAUACCAGAAAAGAAAUGGAAAUUCAAAAAAAGGCUCCUCAUUUGCAUUCUAAUUUUACAGCUGCCGCACCUCCAAGGACCUAUAACCAAACAGGAAAUUUUCCAUCAUUUGCCAACCCAAGAAGCCACGUCUUCCCGCAUACUAACUACAGGCCAAAUGCCUCUACUAACUACAAACCAAGUGCCUCUACGAAUUACAGACCCAAUGCCUCUACCAACUACAGACCAAAUGCCUCUACCAAUUACAGACCCAAUGCCGCUACCAACUACAGACCAAAUGGUAGUGUGUCUAAUGUAAAUGAUAGACUUUUGUUGAGUGAGGAAUUCAGAAGUGGAGUACCUGAAAUGUCAAAGGAAAUGACUCGGGGUCCUCGGUUUCAUAAAAAUAGUUCUCAACCACAAUCAUCAGUUGAAAAGGAUGAGUUUGCAUUCACAGUAUCCAGAGAUCGAUAUAACCUUCCAGAUUUCAAAACUAAAUAUGAAAAUGCUAAAUUUUAUAUGAUUAAAUCUUUCAACGAAGAUGACAUUCACAAGGGUAUUAAACACGACGUUUGGACAAGCACUCCACAUGGAAAUAAGAAGUUGAACGCUGCAUUCCAAAAUGCAGAAGCUAAAUUAUGUGAGACAGGCACCCAGUGCCCAGUCUUCCUCUUCUUUUCGGUUAAUGCAAGUGGGCAGUUUGUUGGAGUAGCUGAGAUGCUUGGUCCAGUGGACUUCAAAAAAGAUAUGAAGUUUUGGAAACUCGACAAAUACAACGGUUUCUUCCCAAUUAAGUGGCAUAUUAUAAAAGAUGUUCCCAACCCCCGGUUUGUGCACAUCAUCCUUCAAAAUAAUGAGAACAAGUGUGUAACUUUCAGUAGGGACACACAAGAGAUUGGACUGAAAGAGGGUCUGGAAAUGCUGAAAAUAUUUAAAAGUUAUCAAGCUAAGACUUGUCUAUUGGAUGAUUUUGAUUUCUAUGAAAACCGAGAGAAGUUAAUACAUUCCCAAAAGAUUACUCAGCAGCAUACAGGCCCAAAACAGGAAGUGUACAACAAUGAUGGUUACUAUAACACUACGAAGGCGAGAGAGGAGGAAAUAGAGAUGCAUUCAAGUGGUAGUAAUCAAGAAAAUCUGGUCAAAUUAACCAAGAAUCUCUCUCUUAAUCCAUCUGUAAGACAAGGCUUUAGAUAG